AUGAGGCUCGCCCCCGCAUCUCUGCUGCUCACACUGCUGGUCAGCAGCCUCCCUCCAGCCCACGGUCUCCUGGAGAUUUCCUACACAGACAUGAAGUGUGAAUGUGUGCAAGAGACUUCCAUCUUCAUCCCUAUACGCCUCAUUGAUCGGCUUCAAAUUGUACCUCCUGGCAAUGGUUGCCCAAGGAAGGAAGUCAGACUUUGGCUGAAGACUAAGGUAGUUGUGUGUGUGACACCUCAAGCCAAAUGGCUCCAGAGGCUCAUACAAUUGCUGCAGAAGAAAAACACCUUUUCAACUCCACCAGCUCCAGUGACUAAGAAUAUCACCAAGUAAGCUGAGCUGAGUGUCCCCAAUGAGUACGCCUGCAUUGCUCUCUGCUCUGGAUUGUAGUCUGUGUUGGGCCAAAUCUUGUCCCAGAAAGAAGACCUCCCUGUAAAAAUGAGUGUGAGGCUGUAUGUAAGAAUAACAGAUGCGGAUGGGCCAAACCCAAGCUUCUUCCCACACAACGCCCUCACCCAUGCUUGAAGCUCACAACAUCUCCAUCAGGGAGGGGAGUGUCUUUGCAAACUGUUGUUGAGUUGCCAA